CCAAUACCAAUACCCACCACUCUCCCGCCCAGGAUGUCAUCUCUCACCUCGACACUCUUCUACAAGUCUGCCUUCCCAGGCUGCAUCGCACACGUCAGCUCCCUUAACUCUCCCGGACCCCUCGAUGUAUGCUUCUCCGUCCGAGCCCACCUAGCCCUCUCCCCACCCAACACCUCUGCUGCCCGCUCUCUCAUCGAUGCCCACUCUGCCCCUCUGGGGGAAAGCACCACCAAGGCUCUGCGCAUCUUCACAGACGUCAUCGAGGCCGUCGCUGCGAGUACACCAGGAGCAGGCGGGGAGGAGCAGGAGGAGGAUCGCGAUCUUGGCAAUCAAGUUGUGGCUUUAAGCGAGGUGCACGAGGCUAUCAUCGAGGGUGUAGAAUACUUUGAUGGAGAGGAAGAACAAGUGGAAUGUCUCCUUGCUACAACACAAUACCUAGAUCAGGAUCCCAUUGGUGCCCUCGAAACACUAAAGGUGAACUCUGCCGCUGCAGGGGGAGACCCACAGAAGAAUCUGGGCAGUAUUGCCCUCGCAGUGCACAUCCUCCUCCUCAUCCACCGACCCGACGUAGCACAAAAGCUGUACGACUCCGCUCGAACCUGGGCCGAGGACUCUUUGGUAAUCCAGCUAGUAGAGGCUUCUCUAGGCGUUUACAAGGGUGGCAGACCAGCCCAACAGGCCUACUACGUCUACGAUGAAUUCAGCUCCCUCGCUGCUUCUUCUGAAGAGGGUAAAGGGGGUAGAUUGGCUAGUAUGAGAAUGGGAAGGGGAGUGGCAUUGAUGAGAAGGGGAGAGUGGAAAAAGGCAGAAGAGAGUGUAAGGGAGGCGGGGACUUCGCUACAACAGGGAGGUGAUGCAGAGGAGGGAAAGAAUGGACUGGCAAAGGAAGUCAAGGCGAAUCUGGCUGUACUGGCUGGCUACCUCAACCCUCAGAGCAAGCUCGGUAACCCUGGACAAGAAUACCUAAACGGCCUUGCAAGCCCUGCACCCCCUCAUCAACUCUCGACGUCUCUCUCAGAGAUGGACAAGAGGUUCGACGAACUCGUGGCCAGCAGAGCAGUAGCAGCCGCCAGCUCAUGAGCAGCAAGCGUAACGGGGGGGACCGUGGGCUCCAGAUUGCAGUGCUCGAUAGAUAAAUAGCAGACUUCUCAUACCGCAGUAUUGCGACCGAAACGCAGUGACGCCUGAACUUCUUGGUAUUGCUCUCUUCUC